GCAGAUAUCGGGGUUAAGGCGGUGUUAAGUUGGCGGAAGAGGUGGUUUGUGGACAGAUUUGGAAGGCGGUAUUAUAGUGCCAACAUUAGAUGCCAUGCUGGGGGGAAUAAUUUCAUCACUGGAGCUGCUGCUGCAGUAUAUGACAAGUUGCACUGGAUUCUAGGCUUGCGAUCUUUUAUUGAGAGGGUGAUUUUCGGAUCUUGCUUUGGACAUCAACUUAUAGCUCAAGCUCUCCUCGCAAGUGACAAAAGCUACAAGCCCCAAGGAUUCUCAUUUAAGAUAUCGGUCGAACGUUCAUCUAGUGGCCACGAAAGUGGCAUGCACCCUAUCAUCUUGAAUCCAGCUUUCGUCUCCAACUUCCCACCUCUAGCUCGGUUUACUCCAGAACAGCCAUUCCAUAUUCAGAUCAUCCACGGUGAUGCCGUGAUAUCUUUACCAGAAGACACACUAGUUCCCGGGAUGAUGCUGCUUGGACCAUGGCUCAACAUCGGAAGCAGCCGUAACUGUCCAAUCCAGGGCCUCUACAAGCCCGGCCACGUUCUCACAUUACAAGGUCAUUUUGAAUUCGAUGCGUUCGCCACUGCUGAGCUCUGUCAUCAAUUUGCAAAUCAAUUUCACUGGCCUGCGGACUUGCUUGCCUCGCAUUUAGAAAAUAUCAGGCGCUCUGUUGUGCCUGGCAAUGAUGAUGAUGACGACUCCAAGAUAGCGGCGGAGGCAGUCCUCUUAUUUUUCGCGGGGGAAGACUGGACUUUGGGCGCAGAUAUCAAUUCAUCCUCAUCCUGA